AUGGUGUCAUGUCUCUCCUUCCCAACCUCCCUGAAGGGACCGGCAGUGCUCUGGUUUGCCAAGCUAAAGCCCAACUCCAUAAGAAGCUUCACGGAGCCAGCCAAAGCAUUCGUGAGUAGCUUCCAAAGCAGUGUCAAACAAAAGAAGACGGCCGCAAACUUGUUAGCAGUGAAGCAGCGACCCGAUGAGUCCAUACAGGAUUAUAUCACUCGCUUUAAUGGAAAAGCUCUGGAGAUCAAAGACCUAGACGAUGUCAUGUCCUUCAAUGCCCUGCACAACGGGGUAACCAACCAUGACCUGGUGAAAUCGCUCGCCCUCGAACUGGUUACCAUUAUGUCCCAACUGCUUGAUCGGUGCUACCAGUACGCCGACAUGUUUGACAUCAUGAAGGCGCGAAGAACGACCUACCCCAAGGUGGCAGAGAAAAUGAGGACAAGCGAGAAAGAAGAAAAGAAAGAUACCAAGAAGCCGAGGUCGGAUCAGUACUCAGACCGAGAUCAGAGCUCGGACUACACGCCCUUGAAUACAACUAGGACUAAGAUCCUGAUGGAGGUCAAUGAUCGGGGCCUACUGCAGUGGCCCAGACCAAUGUUUUCGAAGCCCGAAGAAAGAAACAAGAAGAAAUAUUGCAAGUUCCAUCGAGACGUCGGUCAUGACACUGAAGACUGCCGGCAGCUGAAGAGAGAGAUCGAGGACGUGAUCUAG